GAAGACCCGCGUCCACGCGUGCGGCUUGGAGUCUCUCGAAGAACCACCCAUCCCGGCCCUCGGAGUUAGAAGGGGUGAACGGAAACCUGGAUGCGCUCGGCCGUGUCCAGCGGCUCGCGGGACGACCGCGGCGGCGGCGGCGGCGGCAGGCAAAAAGUGUGCUGUAUCAACUCAGGGGCAUAACAGCAAACUGCAGCAACAACUUUGAUAUCAACAAUGAAGCAAUGAUAUCUGAGGACAAAAGAGCACUUGCCAACUGUUUGUCAUCACCAUUUCAAGUGUUUGUAUAAGCAGAAACAACUGCAACAGAUUCCUGGGUCUGCCAGAAUAGGGGGAAUGUUUUAUUCUGAUACUAAUUAUUUCUAAGGAGUUUUAAUAUAGAUUAAGUUAUAUACAACCAAAUGAAAUAAAAAUGAGUGAAACCCCCAGAUUCUUUGUUGGGCCUGAAGAUACAGAAAUAAACCCUGGAAAUUACCGACAUUUCUUCCACCAUGCAGAUGAAGAUGAGGAGGAGGAGGAUGAAUCUCCACCAGAAAGGCAGAUUGUGGUUGGAAUAUGUUCCAUGGCAAAGAAAUCCAAAUCCAAACCAAUGAAGGAAAUUCUUGAACGGAUCUCCUUAUUUAAAUAUAUCACAGUAGUAGUAUUUGAAGAGGAAGUUAUUUUGAAUGAACCAGUGGAAAACUGGCCUUUAUGUGAUUGUCUUAUUUCUUUCCACUCUAAAGGAUUUCCACUGGACAAAGCAGUUGCCUAUGCAAAACUCAGGAAUCCAUUUGUAAUCAAUGACUUGAAUAUGCAGUAUCUUAUACAAGAUAGGAGAGAAGUAUAUAGUAUUCUUCAAGCUGAAGGUAUUUUACUUCCUCGUUAUGCAAUUUUGAACCGUGACCCAAAUAAUCCCAAAGAGUGCAGCCUGAUUGAAGGAGAAGAUCACGUAGAAGUAAAUGGGGAGGUUUUCCAAAAGCCUUUUGUGGAAAAGCCGGUCAGUGCAGAAGAUCACAACGUUUACAUUUAUUACCCCACAUCUGCUGGUGGAGGAAGUCAAAGACUCUUUAGGAAGAUUGGCAGUAGAAGUAGUGUUUAUUCCCCAGAAAGCAAUGUACGAAAAACAGGUUCAUAUAUAUACGAAGAGUUUAUGCCCACAGAUGGUACAGAUGUUAAGGUUUAUACAGUGGGUCCAGAUUAUGCGCAUGCUGAAGCUCGGAAAUCUCCGGCGCUUGACGGCAAGGUGGAAAGAGAUAGUGAAGGAAAAGAAGUCAGAUACCCUGUCAUUCUCAACGCCCGAGAGAAAUUAAUUGCUUGGAAAGUCUGUCUUGCUUUUAAGCAAACAGUUUGUGGCUUUGAUUUGUUACGGGCCAAUGGACAGUCCUAUGUCUGUGAUGUCAAUGGCUUCAGUUUUGUGAAAAAUUCCAUGAAGUAUUAUGAUGAUUGUGCAAAAAUACUUGGAAAUAUUGUAAUGCGAGAGCUUGCUCCGCAAUUUCAUAUUCCCUGGUCGAUACCUUUAGAAGCUGAAGAUAUCCCAAUUGUACCAACUACAUCUGGAACUAUGAUGGAACUUAGAUGUGUCAUAGCUGUCAUACGUCAUGGGGAUCGAACACCGAAACAGAAAAUGAAAAUGGAAGUCAGGCACCAAAAAUUUUUUGACCUCUUUGAAAAGUGUGAUGGAUAUAAAUCAGGGAAAUUAAAACUCAAAAAGCCAAAACAAUUACAGGAGGUGCUAGAUAUUGCAAGGCAACUUCUUACAGAGCUGGGGCAAAAUAAUGAUUCUGAAAUUGAAGAAAACAAGUCAAAACUUGAACAACUUAAGACGGUACUAGAAAUGUAUGGCCAUUUUUCUGGAAUAAAUCGUAAGGUUCAGCUGACUUACCUCCCUCAUGGUUGUCCUAAAACAUCUAGUGAAGAGGAAGACAGCCGAAGAGAAGAACCGUCCUUGCUUCUGGUUCUAAAAUGGGGAGGAGAAUUAACUCCUGCAGGCAGAGUCCAGGCUGAAGAACUUGGAAGAGCUUUCAGGUGUAUGUAUCCUGGAGGUCAAGGAGAUUAUGCAGGGUUUCCUGGUUGUGGUUUACUUAGAUUACAUAGCACCUACCGACAUGACCUCAAAAUUUAUGCUUCUGACGAAGGACGGGUACAGAUGACUGCAGCUGCUUUUGCAAAGGGGCUGUUAGCUCUAGAAGGAGAGCUUACUCCCAUUCUUGUUCAGAUGGUAAAAAGUGCAAACAUGAAUGGUCUUUUGGAUAGUGAUAGUGACUCUUUGAGCAGUUGUCAGCAACGUGUGAAAGCAAGGCUUCACGAAAUACUUCAGAAAGACAGAGAUUUUACUGCUGAAGACUAUGAAAAGCUUACUCCAUCUGGAAGCCUUUCCCUUAUCAAAUCAAUGCAUUUGAUUAAGAAUCCUGUGAAGACCUGUGACAAAGUUUAUUCCUUGAUUCAAAGUUUGACUUCUCAAAUUAGACAUCGAAUGGAAGAUCCCAAAUCAUCAGAUAUUCAGCUUUACCAUAGUGAAACACUGGAGCUUAUGCUACGUAGAUGGUCCAAGUUGGAGAAAGACUUUAAAACAAAGAAUGGAAGAUAUGAUAUUAGUAAAAUUCCUGACAUAUAUGACUGUAUAAAAUAUGAUGUUCAACAUAAUGGUUCCUUGAAAUUAGAAAAUACAAUGGAAUUAUACAGGCUUUCAAAAGCUUUAGCAGAUAUUGUCAUCCCUCAGGAAUAUGGUAUAACUAAAGCUGAAAAACUGGAAAUUGCCAAAGGCUACUGUACUCCUCUAGUUAGAAAAAUUCGCUCAGACCUUCAGAGGACACAAGAUGAUGACACUGUAAAUAAACUCCACCCUGUGUAUUCCAGAGGUGUUCUGUCUCCUGAACGUCAUGUCCGUACCAGAUUAUAUUUUACCAGUGAAAGUCAUGUACAUUCUUUAUUAUCUAUUCUUCGCUAUGGUGCCUUAUGCAAUACCAAAGAUUCUCUAAAUGAAGAUGGAGGAGUGGUGAAGGAAAUGGAAUCAAAGGAUGAACAGUGGAAACGAGCUAUGGAUUACCUAAACAUUGUCAAUGAACUCAACUACAUGACGCAGAUUGUUAUCAUGCUGUAUGAGGAUCCGAACAAGGAUCUCUCCUCAGAGGAACGCUUUCAUGUUGAAUUACACUUUAGUCCAGGAGCCAAAGGCUGUGAAGAAGACAAAAAUUUACCAUCCGGUUAUGGAUAUAGACCGGCCUCCAGAGAGAAUGAAGGCAGGAGAUCUUUUAAAGUUGAUAGUGACGAUGAACCACAUACUUCUAAAAAGGAUGAGGUUGAUCGAGCUGUGAUAUUGUUUAAGCCAAUGGUAUCAGAGCCAAUUCAUAUACACAGGAAAUCUCCACUUCCAAGGUCUAGGAAGGUGGCUACAAAUGAAGAAGAGAGCCCCCUGAGUGUGUCUAGCCCAGAGGGUACUGGUACCUGGCUGCAUUAUACCAGCGGUGUGGGUACUGGGCGUCGAAGACGCAGAUCAGGGGAACAAAUCACUUCUUCCCCUGUCUCCCCCAAAUCAUUGGCUUUCACAUCCAGUAUUUUUGGCUCAUGGCAACAGGUCGUAUCUGAAAAUGCGAGCUACCUUCGAACACCAAGAACUCUUGUGGAACAGAAGCAGAAUCCUACUGUAGGGUCUCACUGUGCGGGCCUGUUUAGCACCACGGUGCUCGGGGGUUCUUCAAGCGCACCUAACCUACAGGAUUAUGCUCGUACUCAUCGUAAAAAGCUGACCUCUGCUGGCUGCAUAGAUGACGCCACACGCGGUUCUGCUGUUAAAAGGUUUUCUAUCUCAUUUGCUCGACACCCAACCAAUGAACACCUACACCUCUAUAGGUGCUGGUCCGUUUCCUCUGUGGAAUUUCUAGGCUCCAGUGGCUUUGAAUUGUAUUCCAUGGUGCCAUCUAUUUGUCCUCUAGAAACUCUUCACAAUGCCCUGUCUUUAAAGCAAGUGGAUGAAUUUCUUGCUUCCAUUGCUUCUCCAUCAAGUGAUGUUCCACGGAAGAUGCCUGAAAUUUCCUCUGCAACUUCACGGUCCAGUCCAGCAAUGAGAAGGAAAGUAUCUUUAAAUACAUAUACACCUGCAAAGAUCCUCCCAACACCACCAGCUACCUUAAAGAGCACUAAAGCAAGCAGCAAACCAGGUACCAGCGGACCUUCUACUGCAGUUGUUCCCAAUACCUCAGCUCGGAAAAAGAGUAUAACUAACAAAACAGAAAUGCCUGAUCACAAAAAAAGCGUUGGGAAAAAGAAAUGAAAAUGAAAGAGAACUUCUUAUGCUUAUAAAAAUCACAUGUUGAGUAGAAAAAGACCUUGACUUAAAACUGUCAAAGCAAGCAAUGUAUGUUUUUUCUUAUACAUAUCUGUAUUUAUGUAAGAAUUUUGUCACAUCUAGGGAAUUGUUUGGUUAUGUUCACGUAAGGAUAUUUUGUCUCGUUUUGGAAAUGUCCUAACCAAUGUUUAUAGUAUUCUGUGAGUAGCAGAACCUGCAGUAAAAAGGUCUGGUGGUGUCAUUAUGAUGUUUACCAUGUUCCUAUGGUAAAUAAAAGGAACAUUUUUGCCCAGCUGGCCUGAAACUGUCACACCAGUCCUGCAAGGUACUGCAGAGUAUGACAAGCCAGCCUCUUUACACACUUAUUUUCAUGGGAUUGCAUCUUAGCUGUAAAGACCUUUAGCUUAAGUUGAAAAUUGACAGCCAAUAUUACAUACUGGGGACUUUAUACAAAGUAUAUUCCCAAAGAGACUUCAUUGACCACUUAGAUUAGAAAAUUUGUCUCAGUUGUUACAGUGACAUAUAUGCUGCAAUAUUUAAUGACUGGAGUAUUAGCACAUAGGUUAUUUUUUAAAUCUGUGCUUUGAAUUUUUUAAUGUAUGUUAUUUAAGAUAUUGCAUAUACAGCUGGGAGAACUAUACCUUUAUGCACAUAAAUUUGUAUAUUAAUUUGUAGAAAAUAUUUUCCUUAUAUAUUUCCUUACCAUAAGAGGUGCUUUAUUCAUCAGGAAAAUUUUUGCCUCAUAUUGGCAAAAAAGGCACCUGUUGAGUUUCUUUUUUAGAUAUAUAGAUGACAAGUUUAUAAAUAUACUUAUUUUCAGAGUUCUUUUUAGAUAAGAAACUCUACUCAAAAAAUGGUAAUCAUCAGUGUCAGAAAUCUGAAUUCUUUUAAGUUAGUAGGUAUUAUAUAUAGCAUCUUUUUUUUUACCAUUUCCAUUCUUAUCUCUUAUAUUAUCACUUGAUCUAAGAAGGCUUAAUGAUUGACCAUUUUAAAUUAAUCCUCUUUUGAAAUGUUAAAUUUUGAAAGCAAAUUGAGAUUGUUAUGUUGUGAUUUCUUUUUUUUUAAUUUUAUUUUUUUUUCGUUUUUUUGUGUGUUUUCUUUCUUUUUAUAUGUUGUGAUUUCAUCUAUGAUAUGAAAAACAUUAUCCUUGGUGCUUUCUUCCCUCAUUGCACAAAUAAUUGCAAAUCACUUGAAAUGACUUAAACUAUAAACCAAACAGUGCAACCUGCUAAGAAUCCCAUGCAUUGCAAGUUACGUAAGUUAAAUUACUAAAGCUUUAGCUUGGAGCUUACGUUUAGAAAUAUUAUUGAAUUCUCAUAGUAUGAAUACAACUACUGUAAUUCUCCAGAAGAGGCUCUUCUAACCCUAAAUCAUCAUAUAUGAACUGGCUUUUAGAAAAUAAGAAUACUAUGUGUUAGUUGUGUUAAAAGGUACCAAAUGGAAAAGUCAGGAAUAUCUACAAUUAAAUAAGUUCAUCUACUUCACUUGAAUGUAAAUGUAUUAUACGGAGACAUGUCUAGUAAACAGCUGAAUGUACCUAAGUUUUCUGUAUGUGAAAAUGUGGUUAAUGUACUCAUUGUUGGGGUGAGGAAACUACUUUUAUUUUUUAAAUGGAACUGAAUUAAAAUAUUUUAUUUCCAGAAUCA